AUGCUCUGUUUCUUCAAACAUGAAAACGUCUUAUCGGCGUUAGACAUCCUACAGCCGCCUAGCCUCGACUUCUUCCAGGAAAUUUACGUGAUCACAGAACUGCUACAAAGCGACCUGCACAAGAUCAUCGUUUCACCGCAACACCUGUCCGCCGACCACAUCAAAGUCUUCCUCUAUCAGAUAUUAAGAGGUCUAAAAUACCUGCAUUCAGCGCGUAUUCUGCAUCGAGACAUCAAACCUGGUAACUUAUUGGUGAACAGUAAUUGCGUGCUGAAGAUAUGUGACUUCGGACUGGCCAGGGUCGAGGAGCCAGAUGCCAGCAAAAAUAUGACACAGGAAGUCGUUACACAGUAUUACAGAGCACCGGAGAUCUUGAUGGGCGCGAACCACUACACAGCGGCGGUGGACGUCUGGUCCGUCGGCUGUAUAUUCGGGGAGUUGCUCGGCAGGAGGAUCCUCUUCCAAGCGCAGAGUCCUGUGCAACAGCUGGAGUUGAUCACGGAGUUGCUGGGCACGCCGUCCCUGGAGGACAUGCGUCACGCAUGCGCAGGCGCACGUGCGCACAUGUUGCGCCGCGCCCCGCGCCCGCCCGCGCUCGCCGCGCUCUACACGCUCUCCGUGCAGGCCACGCACGAGGCCGUGCAUCUACUCGCACAGAUGCUGGUAUUCGACCCGAUGAAGCGUAUCUCGGUAGUGGACGCGCUGGCCCACCCGUACCUGGAGGAGGGCCGGCUCCGCUACCACUCGUGCAUGUGCAAGUGUUGCUACAGCGCGCCGCCGGCCGCGCGCCACUACUCGCCCGACCUCGAGCCCGCCGCGCCACACGCCUUCCACGACGCCUGGGAGCGCAAGCUCACCUCCGUGCACCAGGUCAAAGAGGAGAUUCACAAGUUCAUAGCGGAACAGCUGCAAACGUCUCGGGUCCCGCUGUGCAUCAACCCGCAGUCCGCGGCGUUCAAGAGCUUCGCAAGCUCCACAGUGGCGCACCCGUCUGAGCUGCCCCCCUCCCCGCACCACUGGGAAUGA